AUGGUCAAGGCAGUCGUUCUCGGCGGAAUUGGCCAGCCCUUGUCUCUCCUUCUCAAGAACAACCCCUUGGUCACCCAGCUUUCGCUCUUCGAUAUUGUCAACACCCCCGGAGUCGCCGCCGACCUCUCCCACAUCAACACCCCCGCCAAGGUCCAAGGCUUCCUCCCUCCCGAUGAUGGUCUCAAGAAGGCUCUUGCCGGCGCUGAGGUGGUCGUGAUCCCCGCUGGCGUGCCCAGGAAGCCUGGAGUAUAUGACCUGUUCAAGAUCAACGCAGGCAUCGUUCGUGACCUCGCUACCGGUAUUGCUACCACGGCCCCCAAGGCAUUCGUCCUUGUCAUCUCUAACCCUGUCAACUCAACGGUCCCUAUCGUUGCCGAGGUGUUCAAGAAGCACGGUGUCUUCGACCCCAAGCGGAUCUUUGGUGUCACCACUCUAGAUGUCGUCCGCGCUUCCACGUUUGUCGCUGAGAUUCUUGGCGACCUCUCCCUCGCACCCAAGAUCGUUGUCCCGGUCGUCGGCGGCCACAGCGGUGUUACGAUCGUCCCACUCCUCUCGCAGUCGUCCCACCCUCUUCCUUCCGGAAUCGCCCAGGGAGACAUCGAGACGCUGACGAACCGCAUCCAGUUCGGUGGCGACGAGGUUGUCAAGGCCAAGGAUGGCGCGGGUUCCGCGACGCUCUCCAUGGCGCAGGCCGGUGCUGACUUCGCGGAGAAGCUUAUCCGCGCCGUCAAGGGCGAGAAGGGCAUCGUCGCCCCCACCUUCGUCCACUUGACUGCCGACGUGGCUGGCGGUGAAGUCAUCAAGAAGGAGAUCGGCCGCGACCUUCAGUUCUUCUCUGCACCUGUCGAGCUCGGGCCUGAGGGCGUGGUCGCCAUCAAGCCUCUUGGCAAGCUCUCAGAGUAUGAGACAAGUCUCAUUCAGACCGCACUCGGCGACCUCACGACCAACAUUGACAAGGGGGUCUCCUUCAUCGACGCGCCGAAGCUUUGA